CACUUUGAAAAAUGGCGGCCCACGUUGGGUCUCUGCCAACCAGUCUAAAUCCCAGCGAUGCCGGGACCGGGACGGAGACCGGACCCGUCAAUCUCGAUUCCUGGAAACUUCUCCCAUUUUUGCCAACAAUGGACACGUUGUCUGUGCUCUUAUUCGCUUGGGUGUUAUUCGGCGUUGUCGUUUACGUCCUUGGGAACUAUGUGUCCAAUCGCUAUCUUAGUUCACAACAGAAGAAUGAGAGGAAGGAUUCGCAACGCAGAGAACCUACGAUUGAGAAUGUGAUUCAUAAGGCUAGUGUGCAAUCUGGAGAUAAGCGAGUUCUUAGUGAAGCACUUUCAAGAAGCCCUCAAGUCACACCUCAAGUGCCCAGCAGUGAACAACUCCUGUCUAAGACUUACUUGACAUCCAUUGAAGUGGGGAAGGAUAAUGCCAAUCAUGGACAGAUCCCAGGCAGUGAGAAUCACGUGGUAUUCCAUGUGGACCAUCCAGUUGCUAUGGGACCUGACCCUGAAAGCAUCAAGUGGAUCAAUGAUGUUUUGAGGUGGCUUUACACACCCAAGCAACUAGGUGGACUAGGUCAUAAAGCUGUGAAAGAUAUAUUUAACAUAUGGAUCACCACCUUACGAGAUUUUACCCGAAAGAAUUGCACAGAGGAGGCAUUUCAGUAUCUACACUUUGUGGACUUUUCCUAUAACCCUUCUGAUCCAGGGACAAUAAUUGAGGUUGAGGCCUCUGAAAUUCCAUAUCCUGCUCCCAAACUCUCCAACAUUUUCAUUGACAAUGGACCUCUUGAUAAUCUUACAGUCACAGGUGAUUAUGAAUCCAUUGGAAGUUUAACAGCAAAGUUGCAUCGUGGAAACGAAGUCAAAUCAUUUGAUGUCCAUGUGAAAAAGCUCAGAGGAAGAUUGAACAUUGCCUGCAUAACCGAAGAAUUGUUUGCUGUAGCCAAGUUUGAUGGGUGGCCCGAAGUUCAAGUAGAAGUUACUCCAACAGAUGACAGAGAUAGAGCACUGUCUGAUCUAGUAUGUGAUGUGGUGAAGUCAGCCCUGCGAAGUGCUGUUGUGGACCUCAGUCUCAACACAUAUCCAGAUUUUCCACGGUUUGUCAGGACACAGGUUCAUUCCCAGACCAAGUCACAUGUCCAAAUGCAUGAUGACGGGAUGAAGCAGUUACAUGGUCAGCUUCUUGUGAAAGUGGUGAAGGCAAGUGGCCUUGGAGCUAAUAGAGAAUGCAAUGAACCAUACUGCACUAUAGAGCUGGAUGAUCCUCCUCAAAAGUUUGCAACAUCUUCCAAAAAGGAAACAUCAAGUCCCUUCUGGGAUGAGAGUUUUCUCUUUGACUUGAGCCUAUCAGCUUGCGAGAUCUUGUUUGAAAUCUUCGACCGAGGAAAGACAGGAGGUGGGAAUGAAGCUUUUCUUGGUCUUGGGAUUGUUGGAAUAGAUGAGUUACGGGCUACUCCAAGCCAACGACAGAUCAUUCCUCUUCAGAGUCGACCAUAUGAAAAGGAUGAAGUUUCUGGAUCUCUCACAGUUGAAUUCCUGUUUGUGGAUGACACUGGAAUUGUAGACUUCUCAGGAGUAGCCAAGAAGUUUACUCAGACUGUGAAGCAGAAGGGCCCAGGAGGUUCACUGCAGACCAAAACCAUCACUACUUAUACUCCCUCUGAACAAUUAGAUCCUGUUGAGAGUGGUGUGGAAUCUGGCAUAGCAUCAGUUGCCAUUCAAGAGCUACAGUUGAAGAAGCCAUCAGCUGAGCUCACUCCAAAGCAGAGCACACUCAUUAUCCAUUCUGUACAGCGUGAUAAAGAACAUGGAAAUAAGAAAACAGGAGUUGAGGGUUCUGUUGACUCCAAGGAAGAAGAAGAUGCAGCAGAUCGAGGGAGGAAAAGGAAGAAACGAGAUUUCUUUGGAUCCUUGCGGAGGCGUUGGCGGAGUAAGAGUCGCUCCAAGUCAGUUGAGGCAGGAAAGAGUUGCCCAGAACAGGCUCCUACAUCUGUAUCAGCGGCUGCUAGUCGUGAGGGUUCCAUGUUCCGCUCUAUUUCCAUGGAGAGAGCCACAUCUGUUCCCAUACCUGAUAACUUUCUGCAACCUGGUGUGAACCAAGAAGAUAGCACUCGAUCCAGCUUGAGUGAGAUAUCUGGGAUUAGCAAUUCAUCCAAUCGCACUUAUGUCUCUGAAGCCUCUACCCUUGUACUGGAAGUGAUCGAAAAUGGACUGAAGAAGUACUAUCUGAUACCACUGAACAUAGCUCAGAGCAAUCGGUGGAAGAAAAAAGGAACAAAACUUCACAUCUACAAUGAUCAUUCUUUUGUGGCAAAGCAUUUGCCUGGGUCUACAGUAUGUCAAGUGUGUGAGAAGCCCCUGGGAAGGCGACUUGGAAAACAAGGCUAUGAGUGUCGUGAUUGUGGCUUGUGCUGUCAUAAGCCUUGUCAUGUACGAACAGAAUCUCAUUGUCCCUCCAGUCAAGUCCAAUCUAUGGAGCUUGAGAUCUAUUCUGAUCAGGAGCGACGAAUAGUGAAGAUGAAGAGUGUGGGGUAGUGAAAUCCUGCCUUCAGAAUCAUCACUUCUUCAGAUGCACUAGAUUGGGUUUCUGCCUUCACCAAAACAAGCUUUUCAUAAAAGAAUUAUUUACCCAUUUCCUAUGUUAGCCUAAUGUUACUGCCCUUAAUGUUCUAUCCUUUUUUUGUCAGUCAGUUGUUACAAAUUUAGCAUUGAUUGAAGUGCACUGCUUUAAUAGUCUCUCUACUUAGUCACCUACCAGAGGAAAAGAUCCCCAUGUUAAAUCAUUCUGGUGCUUCUCAUCCCCCUCAGUUCAAACUGGAAAAUUCAAACUGCUCUUGUUUCUGAGUGUCAUUAUCUUUAUUUGUUACACUUUUGUGAAAUUGAUUUUUUCACUGUCCUCAAUGGAGCAAGGGGCUUCCAUUCUUGACUGAAUCAUCAUGUGGUACGUUUUAAGGCAUGCAUCUAUCUUAUAUGUCAUCUGGUAUCAUUUAUUGUCGAAUGUAUGCAAAUGUUUGCCAUCAGUCUUAUGCACCCAAGUGCCGUUGUAGUGUCAUAUUUUUCUUCCAAAGAUUCUUCAUCUUUGUAUGGGUCUUUCCUUUCAGUAGUGGGAACUGGAUAGAGGAGGAACCUCACGGUUUCCCAUUACUGGCUGUCAGAUGUACUCUACAGUGCCCAGUCAAGGGUUGUGUUCAAUUAGCUUUAUGGGUUAUUUGGGUGUUUUUUCAUCCUCCAAAUAUUGAUUUUAUUUAAAUAGUAUUUAUUUUACAGAAUGAUGCUUUAGCACAUCCUAUUUAUUAUCUUGUGCUCUAAUUAAUUAAUGACUUUACAGGAAGGGUAGUUCUGAUAUAUCAGCAACAGAACAUGAUUGUGAUAAAAGAAGAGCAGUUCAGAUAUAUAGAAAUAGAUUUUAUCUCAAAAUACUCAAUUCCUGUGCUUUCUCCACCUUCUGCAUUGAAGUGCAAGUUUAGUUUGUACUGUAUCAUUAAAACAAUAUUUUACCACCGAACACCAAACAUUCUUUCGCUGUGUGUACUGUAUUUUGAAGUGUGUGCCUGUUUUCUGAGAGUGACUGUAGAAUAAUUGAUGAAUCCAUCAUCCAGCAAUCAUCAAUGGGCUUGUGGUGAUGGUGACAUGAAGAGCGUCCCAUUGGCCUGUGUGCCUAUGUUUCAAUCUCAGCUCACCUUAUUGCCCUUUGUCUUUUUGUGAGAAUAAAAAUCAGCAUCUGUGAUCCCAA